GCGCUGGCAAGCGGAGGCGUGGCCGGGUCCGGCGAGUCCCUGCGGCGGGAGCACGCGGGGAGCAGCGGCGGGAGCAGCGCCGGCUCCUCUUCCUCGCCUCCGGAGCUGCGUGGCUGCGAUCGGCGCAAGGAGGGAGCUGCACCGAGGCGCUGAGGACGAGCGGAGAACCGGGGCUCCGGCGGGGGGGGGGCGCUCCCGGUAGCCUUCUCUUGCGCGACGAGAAGCGACCCUCGAUGUGAGCGGGAGCCGGGGUGGUCGGGCUCCGGGGAGAGGCUGUGCCGCGAAUGCCCCGGGCUCCGAGGAGGCCGUCGGCCGCCGAGGCCGGCAGCUCCCCGCGCGGCGGUGCCAUGCGGCGGCGGCGCCCCCGCGGCUGAUGCGCUGUGCCCGGGGCAGCGGCGCCCGGCUGGCCGGCCUCGCCAUGAAGCGGCAGAACCUGCGCACGCUGUCGCUGAUCGUGUGCGUCUUCUCCUACCUGCUGGUGGGCGCCGCGGUCUUCGAUGCGCUCGAGUCGGAGGCCGAGAUCGGCCACAAGCGCCUCCUGGAGCAGAAGCGCAGCGGCCUGCGGAGGAAGUACCGCUUCACCGCCGAGGACUACCGCGAGUUCGAGCGCCUGGCGCUGCGGGCCGAGCCGCACCGAGCAGGCACGCAGUGGAGGUUCGCCGGCUCCUUCUAUUUCGCCAUCACGGUCAUCACCACCAUCGGUUACGGACAUGCUGCGCCUGGAACGGAUGCUGGCAAAGUUUUCUGUAUGUUCUAUGCGAUCCUCGGCAUUCCCCUCACCCUGGUGAUGUUCCAAAGCCUUGGCGAGCGCAUGAACAUCCUGGUCCGAAUGGUGCUGAAGAAAAUAAAGAGGUGCCUGGGAAUGAGGCAGCCAACCGUCUCCAUGAAGAACAUGGUCGUGGUGGGCUUCCUCUCCUGCAUGGGGACGCUGGGCAUCGGAGCAGCCGCCUUCUCCUAUUUUGAAGGCUGGACUUUCUUCCACGCCUUUUAUUACUGCUUCAUAACCUUGACCACCAUUGGGUUCGGAGACUUUGUGGCCCUGCAGAAGCACGAAGCUUUGCAGAAGAAGCCCCCUUACGUCGCCUUCAGCUUCAUGUACAUCCUGGUGGGCUUGACGGUGAUCGGGGCUUUCCUCAACUUGGUCGUCUUCCGGUUUUUAAUUAUGAAUUCGGAAGACGAGCGGCGGGACGAAGAGGAAAGGGCGUCUCUGAGGAGGGCCAGGAAUUACAUCAGCCGGGAGGAGAACCGGGGCAGGAACGACCUCCUGCUCCCCAUCGAAGACGGGACGAGUCAGAUGAACCUCCUGCCGUUGAUGCAAGAAGAGGCCGGGAGACAGAGGGGCAAGUCCUCAGGCUCCACCACGAGAGUCCCUUCCUUCUGCAACUGCCUGUGCUACCGGCCGCGGCUAAGCAGGAGCCCAGUUCCUUCCCAACCAGAUGCCUUCAACUGCCACACCAACCUUGUAUAUUACAAUUCCAUUUCUUACAAAAUCAUGGAAGUCUCCCUGGGCGGUAAGGACCACACUGGCUUGUCUUCCCCCCGGAGCACUCUGUCGUCCAAUAGCCCCAGCUGCCGGGAGCACUCCCAGCUACGGAGGAAGUCUAUCUGAUAAACGUGCAUGCUCUUUUUCGACUUUUUUUUUAUUACUCUGAGCUGUGUUCUGCUCCUGAACUUCUUUUGAUGAUAAAUUAUUAACUGAGA